GUUUACGCUGCGUAAUAAAAUUAUAAUUACUUACACUUUCCUAAGAAUUUAAUUUAUUGGAAAUGGUCAUUGUUGUUCUUGCUUUAUUCUUCGCAUUUGCUGCGACCCUCGCGCCCAACGGCACCGAGGAUCUAGAGCAAUACGACGCAAUAGGCCGCCGAAAGGCUCUUUACGACAAAGUUUCUAAAGCUCUCAUCGAAAAGGAAUCGAAACCUGGACAGCAAUGCACAGACAUCGGCUGGGAGCUCGCCCACUUCGUGGACCGGUACCUCGAGCACGCGGAGGCUCACGCCCCAUCUCAAAUACUCGACGACUUCACCGUCAACGAUCUCUCAGAAAACUUUGAUACGAUAGAAAAUUUCUUGAGAACUGAACUAGACGACAAUAAUCCCCACGACACCGAGGAGCAUGAGUUCACAGAAUUCGUUAAUAAAAGAAAGGAAUAUGAACCCACUGUCGUAUGGAAAGAGAAAGAAAAAAACCACAAACGCAACAUGACUCAUAAAUUAGUAAAGGCCUUAGACUCCACUGAUGAUAUGAUCGACGUCAACACGUCAAGCGGUCGACGGUUUUGGAACUACCAGUGGCCGGACCCGCAGAAGCCACACAACUCCAGCGUCAGUAUACUGUACACCAUGAAACAAGCUAUCUACUGGGCUCGGGACCGGAUGAAGGUCAUGCAACAACUCAGAGAAGAGUACAGGAUGACGGCCCUGUACAAAAUGGGGUACCUCUUUGCAAAAACGGAUUUCGCGUGUAAAGUUUACGCUUCCCUCGCAUUCAAAUCGUUCAAAGAUUGUUCGGUAACACGAAUGAGACCAUUCGACAAUAAUCGUUUGUUCAAGUUCUAUUUGGAUCAGGCGUACAACAUUGAGCGGCUGGUAUCCAGGUGGUUCGACAUAGACUUGUUGCGGGACCUGCUGAUUUCGAACGACAUGUUGGCCAGGGGGGUGCUCUUGAAAGACGCGAAUCUCACCUCGCCUAAGAUGAUUGUUGAAGCUUUUAACGAAAUGUUUAUUGAAUAAAUUAUACAUAAUAAACAUAA